CUUAGCCUCCACAGCCUAAAAAAACUUGACUGUCGUCCGUCGUUCCCAGGGUUCCGUGAGAGCCGUUUUGCCCCACCCCACCUCUUCAACGCUAUCUAUCUCAAUGUGCAAUUCUCCGAGAAAAAAGGGGACACAAAUAACGCAGAGCGACGCGGCCGAGGAACAAUUAGGUGAAUAAAACGCCAGCGGUCCCCGGCAACAGGCAGACGGGCAGUCCCCCUCGGCUGUGACAAACAACGACAACCACCUUCCCCUAAAAAGCCGUCUACGCUCGGAUGAGGGCUUGAAAACACGGCGGUAGGUUCCAUGUCUGGUGCACAUGUAACCACCGUCCAGCAACUGGGGAGUACGAGCUGCCGAGCUAGCUUGACAAAGGGGGAAUUGCCAUCCGUAAAACACCUGGACGUCGAGCUGCAUUCAAGGACACGCAGCUGCCCAAAGAAUUGAGAGGAGAGGAGAGAGGGGGGCGAAGAAAAAACACCGCCGAUGUGAGGAGAAACGCACAUUAACGUGACGGGGGAGAGAGGCGAGCGAGGGAAAAGGACGGCGGAGAAAGGGGCCUUUUUCAGGGGGUGGGGGGGUCUCCUUGCUUGUUGACGCCGAGAGGAUCUAACGAAAUCCAACAAAAACGGGAGUUCAUCGACGGUGAGACGCUCCGGUGAAGCCCAAAGAGGAAAUAUCAAUUGAUUGUACAGUAUUCGCCCACCCUCUCUGAGAUAAAGAUCGAGACGAGAUGGUUUGCGAGGAAAAUUGAAGGAAAAUCGAGUGGGAAGUGGUUCUGUGUGUCUUCAUCCAUGUCCAUUUCACAUCCCCUCGUAGCAGCGUUGAUGACUUCAUUGCGGAUUUACAGUGGAAACGGCGCUGCUGUCCUGACUCUAGUUGCCAGUAAAUAGCCACAUCCAUCCAUCCACCAUCCUCAUAGAUGCCUUCCAUUCUGAGCCGGGUCAUCCACUCCUGGGCCCGUCUCGGAAUUUAGCCUUGAUUUUUUUUUUCUUCCUAUACCUUUGCCCCAUUAUCCACACGGCCCCCCUACUGGGGUGUUUUUGGUUGUGGUUUUUGUUGGGGUGUCGGGGGAUGAAGAUGGGCUGUCUCGGCAACAGCAAGACGGAAGACCAACGCAACGAAGAGAAGGCCCAGAGGGAAGCCAACAAGAAGAUUGACAAGCAGCUUCAGAAAGACAAACAGCUAUAUCGCGCCACUCACCGUCUCUUACUUCUAGGGGCUGGUGAAUCCGGAAAGAGCACGAUAGUCAAGCAGAUGCGAAUAUUGCACGUCAAUGGCUUCAACGCAGAAGAGAAAAAGCAGAAAAUCCACGAUAUCAAAAACAACAUUAAAGAGGCUAUAGAGACCAUAGUGUCCGCCAUGAGUACACUUACGCCACCGUGCCAGCUAGCCUGCCCUGCUAACCAGCCACGAAUCGACUACGUCCUCCACCAAAUGAACCAGAAGGAUUUCGAGUUUCCAUCGGAGUUUUACGACCACUCAAAGAUCCUCUGGCAGGAUGAUGGCGUGAGAGCCUGCUGGGAAAGGUCCAAUGAAUAUCAGCUCAUCGACUGUGCGCAGUACUUCCUAGAUCGGGUGGAUGUGGUACGACAACACGAUUACACGCCAACUGACCAGGACCUGCUGAGAUGCAGAGUUCUGACCUCCGGCAUCUUCGAGACAAGAUUUCAAAUAGACAAAGUCAAUUUUCAUAUGUUCGACGUGGGAGGUCAGAGGGAUGAACGUCGAAAAUGGAUCCAGUGUUUUAACGAUGUGACGGCUAUCAUUUUUGUGGUGGCGAGUAGCAGCUACAACAUGGUGAUCAGAGAGGACAAUCAGACAAACAGACUGCAGGAGGCCCUCAAUCUUUUCAAGAAUAUUUGGAACAACAGGUGGCUACGGACGAUCUCCGUCAUCCUCUUCCUGAACAAACAGGACCUCCUCGCUGAGAAGGUCUUGGCUGGGAAGUCUAAAAUAGAGGACUAUUUUCCAGAGUUUGCGCGAUACACGACGCCUGACGAUGCAAUGCAGGAGCCAGGCGAAGAUCCGCGCGUCACCAGGGCAAAGUAUUUCAUACGGGACGAGUUUCUGAGGAUCAGCACAGCCAGCGGGGACGGCCGCCAUUACUGUUACCCCCACUUCACCUGCGCCGUGGACACGGAAAACAUCCGCCGCGUCUUCAGCGACUGUCGCGACAUCAUCCAGCGGAUGCACCUCCGGCAGUACGAGCUCUUGUGAUAGGCUCCUCCCCUCGCUCCCCGUAUUCUGCACCCCUUCACCCCUGCCAGGACCAUUUUCCCAGAAUUCAGCAGAACCUGGAUGCAGGAAGAAACGUAAACAAACACUAGUUUUAACGUGUCUUGAAGGCCCAUCCUUCAGUCAGUUCUGAGUUUGUUAAUUGUCUGCGUGCUGACCACCAAUCAGGAGCUGGAAAAGAUGAGAAAAACGGAUGAUUUUUGUUUCAUAAGUGGUGUUUUGGGAGGGUUUUUUGCACGAGGGUGAACAGAUGUGACUACAAAUUUUCACGGAUGGAAGCAAACCAGAGGAAGAAAAGAAAAAUCCAAGCUAAAUAUAUAAAGUACAGUAUAUAUAGAUAUUUAUAUAUGCGUGUAUAUAAAUAUGUAUAUAUAUACAUAUAUAUUAAUAGAAAUCUAUAUCCACACCUCCUACCUUGAUCCACACAUUCCCCACCCACCGCCCGGCUCUGGCUUCACGUGUCUUUAUGUUACUGCUGGACUAUUAUUCCUGUACAGACUGUAAAAUGUAUUAUUUUGUACAACUCUAUUGAAGAAGAUGACGACGAUGAAGAAAAACGACUUGUAGAAGAUCCCUGUGCCUUGAUCACGACUGUACGUGUGUUAAAAAAAACAAAACAAAAAAAGAGCUAAUAUGUAAGUUAUGUUUUCACUGCGCUGUACAGCUGGACGGCCGCGGCGGAGGCCUUUUCUGUCUGUCGCUUCAUUUCUAUUUUGGUUUCUCUCCCUUUAUAUUUGUUUGUUCAUUUUUGCUUUGACUCAUGGUUUUAUUAGAUUUGAAGAAGAAAACACCCCACAAAAAAGAUGAGCAGACGCGCCACCUUAAUGCUGUGUAGUGACAAAUAUUGAACCUUAACACGAGUUAAUAUAUAAAAUGUCAGAUUUUAUAUUUUAUAUAUGUGUACACAUAUCUUCCCUUUUUGUGAGCGCUCACUGGGUUUCAUUUUCCUGCAAAUGAUGUGGGUGGAGGGUUUGGAAUUUUUUUUUUUUUUUUAAGCUUUAACUCUUUUGCAAGGGAGGGAACUAUAGAACUGCAAAACAUUUGCUUGUUUCUACAUAAACCAAAUCAUUUUUUUUGCUUAAACAAUAACAAACUGCUUCCAGUGUUUGAUUAUUUUGUUAGCGAUGUCCACAUUUACUGCAAACACUUUAUUUACUUCACAUUCAUACAUCCAUGCAGUGCAAUGGUCAACUUAAAAUUUGUUGCAUUGAUGCAAACACUAAUUCUUAUGUAAUUUUGGGUUUUUGAAUCCAAAUCUAACCUUGGUGUUUUUCUGUAAGGGCUAGAAGUUUUUUUUUUUUUUGCAAACUAAGAUUUAUUUUUUGUUUGACAUGCAAAACAAUUGCAAAGUGAUAUUUUUAACAAAGUGGAUGUAGUAGUAUACUGUAGCUGACACCAUAGACUUCAUAAUAUAUUGAUGGGGCGCAGGGCCGAUUAAUAGGGGGCCCAUCUCCCUCAAAGCUGAUUGAGUGGAAACCCAGACAAAGAGCUUUUUACGUUGAAAAUUCUUGUGAAUAAAUGCUUAAAUCCCUGAAUUCUUUAUAGAUAUGGACGUAAAACUGUCUCGAUUCUUGGUUAAAAGCACAAAAACGGGUAGUUAGCCUUUAUUUUACGUUAAUAUGUCGAAUGUCUUGCUAGUCUUUAAGCCACUAUGGCGCCACCUUAUAACCACAAAGAGCUUUUUACGUUGAAAAUUCUUGUGUAUAAAUGCUUAAAUCCCUGAAUUAUUUAUGGAUAUGGACGUAAAACAGUCUCGAUUCUUUGUUAAAAGAGCAAAGAACCGGGCCGUUAUCAUUUAUUUUACGUAAAUAUUGUGAAUUAUGACACCAAUGCCGGAGCGGUUAAUUUCUCCCAUUGAUUUUUUUUCACGUUUCAAAAUGCCUGUAUAGUCCGAAAAAUAUAAUUACCCUGAAUCCUCGAACAAAUCACUCCUGAGAAUCCUUUGUGUUUGUAUGCAGUAUAACUUUUGUACUUUUUCAACCUAAAUCCGGCGUUGGAUCGGUGCAUGUGUUUGAGAAUAACUGCGAUGGACUGGAGUCUGGGACGGCCACUACUUGAAGGCGUGACGCAGUGUCUGGGGAAUGUGUCCUGUUAAUAUCAUUAUGAAGUCUAUGCUGACACUUAAUAAAAUAGCACACAAGUAACAAUAUGUAGCAAAAUAAUACAUGUUAUGCCAUGUUGUAGACAACUGCAGACACCGCAGACCAACAAUAGAUACAAGGUGCUCCAAUAUGUGAAAAUCUGUCAACUAUGACAAAGUAAUUUUGACAAUGAUUCACAAAGUUGUAUAUAACUAUGCAGAGGACUGUAAGGUUAAUGGUAUUAGGUGAAAAUAUAUGAAGAAAUUUACAAAAUACUUAUAAUGAAAAAAUGCCAAGUCCAUGUAAACUAAUGCAUACAGAAAGAAACGUAUUUUUCAAAUCGGUGACCAAAAAUUUGGGGGGGAUCAGUUUAAAAAAAAUCAUGCAACAGAAAGUGAACAAAAAUGUUGCCAGUGUUAUUAUUGUAUGAAGUUUGCGUUGCAAAGCUUUCCACAUUUAGAAUUCCUCAACUUUAUUAUAAUACUAAUAAUUGUGGGGAGCUUUGCAAAGCAAAACUCAGACGUUGUUUGUAUUGUUAUUGUGGGGAGCUUUUUAAAUCCUCAACUUUAUUAUAAUUUUAAAGAUGCUUCUCCAGAAUUUGCAUUUUUUAGUUAUAGUAUUUAUAUUUUAUAUCGGUAGUAAUAGUCAUAGUAUUGAAUAAAUUGAAGGCCCUUGGAUUAAACAGUGCAGACUAGGCUUACACAAUAUAUCGUUUAAACAUCGCUUACGCAAUGUGCGCAUGCGCAUUAGUCACAUCGCAACACAUGCAACUUUUUUGUAACAAACUUUUGUUUUACUUCAUAAAAGCAGCAAGUGUGCAGAUCCUGGAUCCCUUUUAUAUACAGCAAGCCUUGUUUAAACUGCAUUAUAUAAAUUAGAGAUGUACCCGAUCCGAUCACGUGAUCGAAAAUCGGGCCGAUUGCGCCAUUUGUCAGAGGAUCGGAAUUGGGUGAAAACGAUAGUUUUUAAUUCAAACAAAAUAUAUUCAUGUCUUUCUGCUUCAUGCUUGUAUAGCGCCACAGUCUCUCACCCUCCCUCCUGCUAGCCCAAUCUGAAGUAUGCUGUGCCAAUUCAUUGUGUAAGUUACAGGCUGUUCUUGGCAGCGAGAGUGUCAAAACGUGAGUGAGUUUGAGUGGACUCACUCAAUGAAGCAUUUAAGAAAGACAAGCAUUUUUCAACGUUAUUAUUGUUUGAAAAUAAUAUUACGAAGGCGCCAUGGUGGGACAGUGGUUAGCACGUCCACCUCACAGUAGGUGUAAGUGUGUGCGUGAAUGUUUGUGUGUCAACAUGUGCCCUGCGACUGACUGGCAACCUGGUCAGGGUGUACCCAGUCUUCUGCUAGGAGUUAGCUGUGAUAAGCUCCAGCAACUCUGGGACCCUCGUGAGGAUAAGUGGUUCAGAAGAUGAAUGAAUGGAGGGAUUUUUUAACGUUAUAAAGAGUGGUUAAAAGUAUAGCGUUAUAGGUGAUGCAAUGAAAAAUGUGGGUGUGCCUACAUUUUCUGAUGGUGCACCUUUUAAGAAAAAAGUUAGGUGCAACCAUUGUACACAAUGCAAAAAGUAAGUAUGGAGCUUUGGCAAUAUACUGUAUUUUGCAAUGUUAAUUCUUUCAUAACAAUGUUUAGGCCUACCAAAAACUGCUAUUCAAGUUAUCAAGUGAAAUUUCUUUUAAUUUUACUUUUAAUUUCGCAAUAUAAUAUUGCACUAUCGCAACCCCCCUCGCAAUGAUAGUUUUUCCCAAUAUCGGUCAGUCCCAGUGCAGACUGUCACAUUGGUAAAUAUUGUAAACUAUCAUCAUGA